GAAUAGAGAGUAACAAGAGCAGCUAGAGUGAGUGAGUGAGUGGAAAAUUGAGGUAAAGGGAGAGGGGGGAAAGUGAAUGAGUGAGAUCCACCUACCAGCUGUAGAGAGAGAGAGAGAGAAAGAGAGAAAGAGAGAGCAGGACUGUUUGAAUGAGCCACAUUGGAGAGGGAGAGUAUAGGAGUGUGUGUGCGAGGGAGAGAUGGAGACAGUGCUAUAGAGGGGGUAGGGCAGGUGAAAUUGUGUGUGUAUGUGUGUGAGAGAGAGGUUGUCAGAUCCCCCUCGAAGUAGAGGCUGCUGCUCAGUGCAGUUGCUCUGGGUCCCAUUGAUACUCAUUUAUAUAGUGGGAAGAGCUGAAAAUGUCAUUUUGAAUGGAGGGAAAAACAUUUGCUAUAUUUUUACCUUUCCUUAUUUGUCCUUCUGGAUCUUUACUCAUCUCCACUGGUCCUCCUUGCUCUCUUUGUGGGUGUAUAAAGGAGGUCACUGCGGACACAAAGAAACAGAACACAGUCCAGUAAAAGCAUGUUUUUGGGGGUGAAGACAAUGUCGCACGGGACAGCCAUGUCACGUUGCCACGACAGCAAUGUCACCUGGCCCUCUCUGCAGUGACCCUGCACAGCGAAGGAUGCUGGGGAAUAGCAAACACUAUUAUCCCGGGGAGGACGACAAGUAUGGGGAGGAUGAGGAAGAGGAAGAGGAGCAGGGACGAGAGAACAGAAAGGGGGAGAGUAGAGAGAAGGAGAAUGGAGGGAUAGAAGGGCUCGAGGAGAUGGAGAUAAAGGGAGGCAGACAAUCACGCGAAGGUAAAUGGGAGGGAGGUAAACCCUCGGCCAUUGUGGUUGGAAGACAGAGAGGAGACCGGACACUGAGGCCAGCCAAUCCAAGAACUAGAGGCAUCCCCUAUACAUCCAAUCAGGCUCCCCAAAAGCAGCAACACCAUCUCAUCCCAGCCAAUCAGCAGCAGUAUCACCCGGCCCCGUCCACUCAGACCCAGAAGAGACGCGCUCACAUGGAGCGGAGUAUGACCACAGUGGCGCCCAUAGAGGACACUCACCUGACCAUGAUGGUGUUCCGCAUUGGAAUCCCUGACAUCAAACAGACAAGGUGUCUGCAGUUUGAUCCUGACUUCACGGUGUGGAGUGCCAAGCAGCAGGUCGUCUGUUCGCUGAGCGAGCCACUGUGGGACAUCUACAACUAUGGCCUCUUCCAGCCCGCCGGAGAGGGACGAGACGCCAUGUUCCUGGAGGAGGAGCGCUGCCUCCGAGACUACCCACAGUCCUUUGAGAAAGGGGUGCCUUACCUGGAGUUUAGGUACAAGACCAGGGUAUACAAACAAACAAACCUGGAUGAAAAACUACUUACUAAACUGCACACCAAGGCGAGUCUGAAAAAGUUCAUGGACUACAUUGUGAGUGGAUCAUUAGAUAAGAUAUCAAAGGUCCUGGACAAAGGUCUCGACCCAAACUACCAUGACCCUGACAAUGGAGAGUCUCCCCUGUCUGUGGCGGUGCAAUCUGGUAUGACAGUGGAGGGGAUCAGGGCGCUCGUUCAAGGUGGGGCCCAUGUCGACUUCAGAACCAGAGAUGGACUGACAGCUGUACACAAGGCUGUCAAGGCACACAAUCAUGUUGCGCUGCUGGCUCUACUGUCCCUGGGAGCGUCUCCUGAUUACAAAGACAGAUGUUGCCUGACCCCGCUGUACCACUCAGUGCUGAUAGGUGGCGACACCUCCUGCUGUGAGACCCUACUCUACUACAGGGCCAGACUGGGAGUGAGAGAUGAAAACGGCUGGGAGGAGUCUCACCAGCUCAGGGAUGAAGAGGAAUUUGGAAUGCAAGAAAUACACAAGGCCUGCCAGAAUGGUUUUGCCCAGCACCUGGAGCACCUUCUGUUCUAUGGGGCAGAUACCACUUCUCAGAAUGCCUCAGGGAACACUGCACUUCACAUUUGUGCUCUGUAUAAUAAGGAAAGCUGUGUUCGUGUUCUGCUCUACAGAGGUGCCAAUAAGGAAAUGAAGAACAAGCAUGGACAAACCCCCUUUCAGGUAGCAGUAAUGUCAGGCCAUUUUGAAAUCGGGGAAAUCAUCAAAAACCACAGAGAUGCAGAUGUAGUGCCCUUUCUGGAAUUCCCAAAGUAUGCUCCCAAAAGAGGAGAGAGUGCACGCGCAAUCCCUCUCCUCAUGGCUCACCCUCACCCCCACCCCCUUCUGCGUGCUAACAGUGAUAACAGCAUGACCCUGCCUGAUACCAUGGCCCUGCCCAACAAGUCUGCUAGAUCCAAUCCCAUCCCUGGACAGGGUCGCAGGGCCUCUGUAGGUGUGAGGAGCUCCAGCAGUCCCAGGGCUCGUACCCGCUCCCCAUCACGAGGAAGAGGAGGAGGAGGAGGACAGAGUGACACAGAGGAGAGGCAUCACAGCAAACCACAGCGCGGCAGACAAGGUGCGACCUCAACAACAGGUGGUGGUGCAGGGUCAGCUGGGGGUCAGAUGAGGCGUAUGUACAGUGCGGUUCCAGGGCGAGUGUACGUGGCCACGAGGGCCUACACUGCCCACGGAGACAAAGAGCUUAGCAUCAGCAAAGGAGACAAAGUCAAAGUGUUGAGUGUGGGAGAGGGGGGGUUUUGGGAGGGCACAGUGAAGGGUCGUACAGGCUGGUUCCCCUCAGACUAUGUGGAGGAGGUGGGUCCUCCCAUUAAGGACAAUCGAUCAGAGACGCGCAGUGAGAAAGCCAAGAGGAAGCUGUUUCGUAAUGUUACCGUGGGAGCAUAUGAUGGUGUGGAUGGCCCCAGUGACUACAUCAUUAAGGAGAAGACAGUGCUCCUGCAGAAGAAAGACAAUGAGGGCUUUGGCUUUGUGCUUCGGGGAGCCAAAGCCCAGACUCCUAUAGAGGAGUUCACUCCGACCCCAGCAUUCCCCGCGCUGCAGUACCUGGAGUCUGUGGAUGAGGGGGGUGUGGCCUGGAGGGCUGGUUUAAGGAUGGGGGACUUCCUUAUUGAGGUUAAUGGUCAGAAUGUAGUGAAGGUGGGCCACAGGCAGGUGGUCAACAUGAUCAGACAAGGUGGCAACGCGCUGAUGGUCAAGGUUGUCAUGGUGGCCCGCAACCCGGAGAUGGAGGAGACCAACCUCAGGAAGAAAGUCCCCCAGCAGGCUAAGAGGCUGACUCCUCCUGCCAUUGCCCUGCGCUCUAAAUCAAUGACAUCAGAGCUGGAAGACAUGGGUAAGACAAUGGAAGAAGAAGGGGCUGGGAAGCAUAAAAAGCAGGGAGAAAAGAGGAAGAAAAGGAUUGUUCACGUUAGAAUUCUGACCCAUAGAAAACGACAUAACCUUCUUGUCUCUAAUUAUGCUGCAGCUGCCUCUCCAUGGAAAAAGAAAGCAGAGUACGAGUCCUCCCAGGUGCCUGAUAAGAAGAGGACAGUCUAUCAAAUGGCACUGAAUAAACUGGAUGAGAUCCUGGCGGCGGCUCAGCACACAAUCACAUCAGACGGACAGGGACAGUGGGGUCACGGAGGGAAGAGAGACCGAACCAAGAGCAUCGCCCCCAAUGAGCCAAGUCAUGACCAGUUGGUUGGUGUGAUGCCGCCUGGGUUUGGUUACAACCAGGGUCAAUAUCCCCCCGGCCAGCCUCAUGGAGUAAUGCUGCGACAGAAAUCUAUUGGUGUGAUGGAGGAGGAGAGGCAGUACCUCCACAACCCGGCCAUGAAACUGGCCCGUAGUCUGUCAGAGGACAUCCCCCCUCCCCCAAACACAUCCGCCCCGGAACCCCCCUUAUCUGCUGACCCCCAUACUGUUUGGAGGGGGGAGCAGUCUGCCCCCCAACCUCCAUCCUCCCAGGCCCAGGCCCAGGCCCUCCUCACCCAGCAGCAGGCAGUCCACGCCACCCAGGCAGGCUGGGACAGGGGAGGCCCUGGCGGGGCCAAUCAACAGCACGGCAUGGCCCCGACCCUCCGGAGAGGAGGAGGACAAUACACAGGGGAACCCCCAGAGGGGACGAAGAGAGGAGGGGGCAAAAUGGGGGUGUUGAGGAGGGGCUACAGUAGUGCUACUCCACCCACGAGUGCAGCUCCCAAAACUCAACAGCAACCCCAGCAGCAGCAGCCCCAGCAGCAAGUGGCGACCCGGGAGAGGGGCGGAGGGGCAGGCAGGGGUGGGGGAGGCAGGAAGGGCGGGAGGGGCCCUCUAGUAAAGCAGACCACAGUGGAAGGUGGGCUCAGCAGGCACCACCGAGGGGGGCAAGGCCAGGGGGGUAAGCGCUCAGGAGCCAAAGAGAAGAGCUCCAUCCCCAUCCCCACCAUCAUCGUCAAGGCCCCCUCCACCAGCAGCGGCAGUGGCCGCAGCAGCCAGGGCAGCAGCGUAGAUGCCGAGCAUCCGCCUCCCGACAUAGGUGACCCUACCUCCGCAUCCGCAUCCGCAUCCGCCUCCCCCGACACCCCCACCACUCCCGGCCUGCCUUCCCCUGUGUCCCCCUUACCAACCCAGCCCCCUGUCUCUUCCGCCAUGCCCCCUUCGACUGUCGCCCCCCAGCUGCCCCCUAACCUGGAGAAUCUGGACUUCACCAACCAGUUCAGGGGGGCCUUCGUGGGGGCAGCGCGCCGGGACCGGGAACGUUUCCGUGACAUGAGGAGGAAGAGUGCUUCCUUCUUCCUCUCCUCCGAAGAGGACAUCCAAGGGGAGGCGGGGGGAGGUGGAGGGGUAUGGACCCAGCCCCUACAGGGGAUGGGGAUGGAUGUCCCCACCCCCCGCCUCCGCCCCUCCAAGUCCAUCGAUGAGGGCAUGUUCUCUGGGGACAAUUACGUCCACUACGCCAGCAGCAUGCCCCCUGCCUUCGGGCUGCCUGAGUACCACUCCCCUGUGAUGGGCCAGGACGGCCAGCCCAAGUCCGCUCCCUCCAACUACGGCCCAGGCUCUCCAGCCACCACCUUCAUCCACCCUCUGACUGGGAAGGUCCUUGACCCCUCGUCCCCUCUGGGCCUGGCGCUGGCUGCACGGGAAAGGGCCCUCAAGGACGACCGGAGGACCCGGCGGGAGGAGCGGCACUUUGGCCGGCAGAUGUCCAGCGUGGGGGCAUUUCCUACCUCUCUCCCAUCCCCCACGCCGUCCCUGUUCCCCGCCACUACCUCCCCCGCCUCCCUGAGCCGCCCGCUGUCACCCAGGAUAUUACGCUUGGGAGGUGAAGGGGGAGGGGAGAGAGUGGAGAGGGACCAGGCGGCCGGAACCAGAGAGGGCCUCAGAGUUCGCUUUUCAGAGGACAGAACCAACCAGUACCAGACCCAGUAUUAUCAACAGAGUCCUAGAGACAGGGAGCCACCUGGCCCGCCCAUGCAGCCGCCCGGCCCGCCGCCUCAGCCUGCACCCCGCAGACCCUCGUUCCUACAGAUGGAGAGCAGUGCAAACUCUAGCUACAUCCCCCAAUACCGCCUACCCGCAGCCCCAGCCCACCCACAUGAAGAUGAGGGAGAGGGAGGAGGAGGAGUGGGACUGGGGCUCAUGGUGCUUCCACCGCCCACCCCCUCCAUAGACAUAGAUGAUGAGUUUGUCUUUGUUGACCCCCUACCCCCUCCCUUGCAGUUUGCCAACGGCCAAGGCCAGAGAGAACUGCAGAGGGGAUACUCUCAACAGCAUCAACACUCAGCUCAACACGCCCCUCUCGCCUUGCCACCCCCGCCACCCCCGCCGCCCCCCCUCCCCUCCCCUAAAGUACCUCCACCAGGAGGCUUUGCCUCCAACGCCCCCCUCCCUUCCCCCAAACUGGGGACUCUGCUGCCUCCAGCCUCACGUCCUACGACAGCGAGGUGGCCAACCUCACCCAGUCAGCUCUGUCUCCCUCCCUCACCUCGCCCCAAAUAUUCCCCCGUUCCUCCGCCGCCACAGUCGCCUCCGUUUUACCCGCCCCCUCACUCCACAGACCCCAGCCCAUGUCCCGCACACCCCUUCUCCAGUGGCCCCAGCGUACCGGUUAACCCCGCUAAUACGGGGGCCCCUGUUCCCCCGAUUACCUUAGCACAGGACCGAGGCGCGGCCACCCUCACUACGACUGUGACCUACGCCACCACGAUGACCGUGACCGCCGCCGCCACCAGUACCACCGCCUCUGCGCCGUCUUCAGACUACAAUGUAGCUGGGACCGCCCCCAGAACCACCGUCAGUGCAGUUGACAAGGCAGGCGACCACCAACCCUCCAGGAUGAAGACUGGAGACUGGCAGACAGAGACGGUGGUGGACUCUGGGAUUGAGGAGCUGGACAGUAGCAGCGACCACCAUCUGGAAACACUGGGAGUGAGCAGACUGAAGGGAGAGAGAGGAGGAGGAGGAGGAGGAGGAGGAGGAGGAGCGGAAGGGGAGAGAGUGGGCGGCGAGCACCCGGAUCCUUACUUGACUUACUCAGGUGGGCAGACGUUUGAAGUGCACCAUGCCAAACACACGGCCAACCCCCCUGUGUAUCCAAAGACGAUGCAGUACAAAGAGGGGGGCAUCAAGGACACAAGGGAAGCGUUGCGUCGACAGGCAAGCACCAAUCCGCCCUGCCAGAGCGUCCCACAACACCCCCAGAGACAGGCCAACCCAGAGGAGGAGGCCAGGAGAGGAGAGGGAGGAGCAGCGGACGAGAGGAAACAACGCAGACAGAGUCGACCCAAGAUGGAGGACAGCUUCGGUUCCACCUUGGCCGCCUGUCUUGAGCGGCCCAACACCCUGGAGCCAAGACCCUUGUCCUGGAGCGAGGGGGUCGACCCGGGGCAGGUCCUGGAGCGAGGCGGGGGUGGGAUGUCUGUGGAGGGGCGCAGGCUGCACUCACCCCUAUCGGGAGUAAAGGCCAGCAUCAUCAACGAGCUGAGCUCCAAACUGCAACAGAUGAGCAAUAAGAGCACAGAGGACUGGAGUCAGUCUGAGAUGCGAGGUCCGAGUCCCAUUAAUCCGAGGUCGCCCACAAUGCAAAGAUAUUCAGGGGAUUUCUCUGCCUCGUUUCAGAGCCCCCCCACAGGUCACUCCACUUCCCCCUUACCCACCUCCUCCCCGCAGCAUCGCCCGUCAAUCUUCACCCCCAAUCUCACUGCCACCCCGUCUGGCUCGCCAUCCCACCAGCCCUCACUCCAGCCUAACUGGAUCCACUCCCCCUCUCCCCAGAUGCCCACCUCCCCCUCUCACUCCUCCCACCCUCCUCUCUCCCCCACUUACUCCCCCUCUCAAUCCCACCCUCCUCUCUCCCCCACGUACUCACCCUAUCCCACAUCCCCCAAACAUCGCACUAAGUACCGUGGAGCCAAGAUUUUUGACUUCCAGUGUACCCCUGGUCCAGAGCUGAGGUCAUCUAUGUCCCGCCGGCGUGCCCCCAGCCCCCUCAUCUACUCCACAAACUGCCCCAGCCCCGCCCCUCCCAGACCCUCCUCCCUCCCCAUCCUCCCCAGCACCCCUGUUUACAACACCCCCUUUGAGUUCCCCGUUCCCCUAACGCUCUCAUCCCCAGGUCACACCCUAGGAGACCCCUACAACCCCUCCACCUCUCCUCUUUUUCCCACAUCCCCACAACCUCCCAGCACCCUCUUGGUCUCCCGCUCCCUCUCCCCCACCCAGUUACUCUCCGGCGCAUCCUCACCCUCCAUGCACCUGCCCCCCUCUCCAUCCUGCCUCAACUACCCCCACCUCACCCCUCCUCCCCCAGCCAAGCCCUUCGCCAUCAAGCCCCUGUCCUACUGGACCAAGUGGGACGUGGCCGACUGGCUUUCCUACUUGAACCUGGGGGAGCACAGGGAACGUUUCCUGGAUAACGAGAUCGACGGCUCCCACUUGCCUUCCCUCACCAAGGACGACUUCCUGGACCUGGGGGUGACGCGCGUCGGCCACCGCAUGAACAUCGAGAGAGCGCUGAAGAAACUGACUGACAGGUGAGGGAAGAACGGCAGAGUCAAUGCACAGACAGACUCAACAUGUCAGCCAGGGGCAAGUGGAAAUAAAGAGGGAGACAAAAGGACCGGAUGGAGAAGGAAAGACAAGUGCCUCUUUCCUUCCCUGCGAGCCUGAUGAGUCCAUCCCACUUCCCUUUUUAGCCAUUAAGCAUUUAUCCUUAGAGUUCAUUUGCUAAGUUAUUCCAUCUCUCUCUCUCCCCCUCUCUCUCUCUCUCUCUCUCUCUCUCUCUCUCUCUCUCUCUCCCUCUCCCUCCCUCCCUCUCCUCCCUCUCUCUCUCUCUCUCUCUCUCUCUCUCCCUCUCUCCCACUCUCUCCCACUCUCACUCUCUACAUGUAUUUCUCUCUAUCAUUUAAUUGACUACCUUCACUACUUUUCAUUUUCUAUUUAUUCUUAUUUCUUGAUUUACCCCCCUCCCUCUUUUCUCAGGCUGUUCUCUCCCAUGCAUGACCCUAGCCCCUCCCCUGAGCCACAGGCAGGGAGUGAAAGAUGAGGUGACUCAGGGCUCAGAGAAAGACAGAGAAACACACAGACCGAGAUGAGUUCUAUAGAAGACCAUUGGACACAGACUGUGAGCUGGACAAAUGGCGUAAAGGAUCACGACGGAAAAGGCUUAAACACACCAGGAGAGAUUUGUUAUGAGUGGAGGACAAUUGUCUAUUUACACCCACUGUACAACUACUGAUAAAUAGGUUUUUAAUGAACACAUGGACACAGACAGACACACACACACACACACACAGACACACAGACAUUUGACUGGUGAUUCUCACACUCCAUCUGCUGCCUGGCGGUUACAGUACUGGGAGAAAUGCUAACAAGAAUCUUGAGAUUGUAAUGCUGCUACCCAUACAGAGAUGGUAAGCCCAUGGAUAUACUAAAGGUGGUGGUUGGGUACCUCUAAUAAACAAUACAGGCCCUAUUUUUAUCCUGAAAUUCAUUCGCAAACUCUGACGCGCAUUAGAGCAUGGGAUUGGAAGCUGUUGUUGGAAUGUCUAAAAGUCCGAAUAUGGUCCUAAAAUGGAAAAGUACAUGACAUUUUAAGUUAAAGUAAACAGUAAAAAAAAAAAAAGUAAAAUAGUGGACUUUUUAUACUGAGGUCAGUUUAUGCCCUAAUUCCCUAGUGAUUUCCCAACAAGCUUUCUGCUUAUUUUACUAACUCUGAGUAACAAUAUAGCUUACAUGUGAAAAUGGAUUCACAGAUCCAAAUCAUGAAUUUGUUUUGUACCAAGUGCUGAUUGCAAUCAUUCAUUUAAAACGGGUCAGAGUAUUAUUGAUAGUUAAUCAUCCAGAUCUGUGUGUAACGACGAAUACUCAAAAAAUAUUCAAAACAUAUAGUCGUAAUAUGUCAUUUUUACUAUGAUAGUUAUUAUCUUUAGAAAGGCCGUCCGGAGUAUGUAGGAGAGGUACAGAGGAGAUUCAAAUGUUGGUUUGUUUUUUCCUGAGACAUGACUGUACUGGAGUCCACAGCCAUGACUCCGGGUUUGCUUAUGAACUCAUGUCAUUUUACACUACAAAAGCUGUUUGUCAUUCAUUCAUGAUGACAAUGUUUACGACUGUACCAGGGAUGUGAGCGUCUUUUGUCCCAUGUCGACUUUCACACACACACACACACCGGUGCAGCGAUCAAAACAAAAAAAAAGGGCUUUUACUGCGCGUCUGUCAGUCUAUACGGUAUGUCUGGUUCCCUAAGGCCUUCUCCCUCUGUGAGUGUGUGUCUGCUUGUGUCGAUCUGUUUGUCAGCCUGCCUGGUUACUCAUGAUCCUUUCCCCACCCUCUGUCCCUCUCUCAUAUGCCUUCUCCACAACUCAACGCCAGUUUUCUAACAGUUCCCGAAAAUGUAGAGAUGUAUAUUUUGCACCAGUUGACAAUCCUAACUUUGCCCUAUUUCAUCAACUCCUCUCCAGGAUCUCAAGAGAAACCUUUUUCAGAUCCACACAUUUCAGAAGAACACGUUCAGACACACACAGAGACACACACACAGAGACACACACACAGAGACACACACACAGAGACACACACACAGAGACACACACACAGAGAUACACACACACACACACACACACACACACACACACACACACACACACACACACACACACACACACACACACACACACACACACACACAGGCUCUUUUAGGUUCCUUUUUUGCUAUUGCCUUCAGUGAAAUGCACUGUAAGAUGAGGAAUACACUCAAACUCUGUACACAUCCUUUAUAGGCCUAUAUGAUAUAGUGAUAAUGACGAGUAUGAUAACGACGACAACAAAAACAUAAAUUAUAGUAUAAUUUUAAAACAAUUAUUAUAUUAAUCAUUAGGUAUAUGUAAAAAAUAUAUAUAUAUAAUUUUAAAAAAAAUAACACUACAGAAUCUCUGUCUUCCAAAUAGUGUGAGAAAUGAUUUGAAGCUACUUGUUUUGUUUUCUCUUUAUUUAUUGUUUCCGGUAAAUGCUUUCUAUACUGCUCGACUUGUUCUACCAUGACCCACUUCAUCCUCCCUGUGAAUCUCCUACACAUCAACACACACCCUGCACUUCUUUCGGGCUGUUGCCUUUCAACAACCCUCCGAGGGAAAUGAUUGAGCGUCAGUGUAGGAAGCAUUAGGUCCUAUGUUUUAAAGAGUAUUUUAGGACUAGUAAUAUAAACAUAUGAUGACUAUUUACAGUAUGCAGCGAUAAGAGGUAUUUAUGAAGUUAUGUUCAAAAUGAAAUGCAGAAAUAUACUGAUAUGAUAGAGUUAUAACUAAGGUGUUGAAAUAAAUGCUGAAUAAACUAUUG